UAAGUCAAGCGCAAGGUUGGAAAGUUCGCGAAACAGCGGGUCAUUAUCUCUCCUUCGACUAAAUGUUCUUCACUUGACUUGUCUUGCCCUCUUACAGCAAAAUGCUGUCUCACAAAGUGUCUACAAAAUGUAUUCGAGAAUUCUGCCAGGUUACCGGGUCUGACGAAGAAACUGCUCGUUCAUUCUUAUCAGCUUGUAAUAAUAAUUUGGAAUUGGCUGUUAGUCUUUACAUGGAUGAUCCAAGUAGGGUUCCUCCUCAGAGUUCAACGGAAGAAUACCGGACUCCUAUUCCUCAAAGAAACGAACAGCUACUCCCCGUUGUUGUACCACUUCUUCCUGUUCAUCUGCAAAACUCACCUCUCAUGCAAACACGUCGACGCGCGUUCGUUGCUGAAGAUUCGGACGAUAACUCAGAUGAUGAUACAAUAACCAGUGGUGCAAGGUGCCAGCCGUUUGAAAAGUCACAGUUAGCUUCGAAAUCAGAUCAUUCAAUUAAACAACGGUGUUCAAACGAUAAUGGAUCUGAUUCGACUUUACUAAAUACUGAUGGCACUAGCUCUGGUUCUUCUUCACUUUCUUCGGGGCAUAUUAAUGGAGUUAAAGAUGGUGUUAAAAGAAAAAGAAAGCAUUUGCAACAACUUUACCAACCUCCAGUCGAGAUAAUGUUCGAUGGGACAGUACAAGCUGCUGAACUUGCUGCACAAGAAAAACAUCAAUGGUUACUUGUCAGUAUACACGAUGAAGGAUGCUUUGAGUGUCAUCUGCUAAAUCGUGAUGUUUGGAAGGAUCCGAAAAUCUACCAACUUAUUAAACGCCAUUGUACUUUUGUACAAAUACCUGUGGAUAGUUCUGAAGGUUUACGCUUCCGUAGUAGUUAUUCUUAUGUUCAAUCAGCUUCCCAUAUAGCUAUUUUGGAUCCGUUUACUGGAGAGCAGAAAAUGAUGUGGACGCAUUUAAAUGAUCCUAAGAUUGUAUAUGAUGUCUUAUAUCAAUUUAUACAACAUACUACGCUAACUAAUCCAAAUAGCAAUACAGAUGUAAUCAACACUACUGCUAUUAAUGAUGGUCAAUACAGUAACAGUAUUGGUAGUAUUAGCCUUAGUGGGAACGGUAGAACAGAUUCAACUAGUAUUGACAAUCGUUUUACGAAUUCUGUCCCCCAGACUGGUAUACGAAGAAGACCAGCAGAAGCAGCAAAUGCAGAAAUGCAUCAACAAUUCAAUCAUUUCAAUUUGAAAAGGCCACGUUUACAAACAUCUGACAAUGUACAUUCAUCGGAUGUUGAAUAUAUCGACUUGUCGAAUAGUGUACAUUCAUCUCAAAUAAAUUGUACAACUACUAGUCCGUUAGAUCUAACUGAAGAAGAACAAUUACAACUGGCUAUUGAAGCAUCUAAAAAGGAGGCUAAACGACAAUUGUUCACUGAUGAUAGUGAGAUAGUUCUCACAGAUGAUGAAGAUGAUGAUGACGAUGACAAUGAUGAAAAAUAUAUGAAUGGCAAUAGACGUUUAGACACUGAUAUUGACCAACAACAAUGUGAUCAUGAACAAGAUAAAAUGCAAUACACACAUAAUACAUAUGAAGACGAUGAUUGCGUUGUAGUUGAUUAUCCUAAAAAGCCUAGCAGUUCAUCAUUUGUUUCGUCGACUACAGCAUUUAUUACAGCAAGAAGACCGUUAAGACCAUCAGAAAAGUUAAGUGAAUCAACAUCCAAUAAUGAUUUGAAAUCAGACAUUUUGACCGUAUUACCUACUCCAGCAUCUGGUGAAGCGGUUAUGGAAUUACUUUUUCGUUUACCCGAUGGUAAUCGUGAAGUCCAUCGACUUCAUCCUACUCUCAAGUUACAGGAUCUGCAUUCAUACUUUGAAUAUCGUGGUUAUCCAAUUAAUAGAUAUGAAAUUGUUCGUAUUCAUCCUAAUCUAUGUCUUUCAUCAAUGCAUCAAUCAAUUUCUUUGACAGUUGCCGGUCUGUGCACCAAAGAUACUUUGUUUAUACAAGAACGUUAAAAGUCUUUAAUGUUGUAUAGAAAUUAUUCUAUGGUUAAUUUUGUAAUCAGUAUAUAUAUAUAUAUAGUAGUGUUUUAACAUAUCUUUGGGAUUUCUAACCUUAUUGUAAUACUACUGCUCUUGCUAAUUGAAUUUGAUUUUUUUGUAUUGAUCUGCAAUUGUAACCACUAAUAUUAUAACCAUAGGAUAACUGUAUAUGUACAAUAGCUAUUCCUUUCAAACAACAUUUUCAUUUAGAUGAGAUAAUUGUACUUCUUACUCUUCUUCUUCUUCUUUUUCCUCGUCUUCUAAAAAUUAAUUUUAUUUGGAAAAAUCUUUUUUCAUCAAAAUGUGACAAAUGGUUUUCUUUUCUUUCAAAAAGUUAUUUUCAUUCAUUGUCGAAUGUUCCAUUUGUGUUGUUCAAUUACUGUAUGAUUGUUCUUUUUUAAAUUCUUAUUUCUAUCUCUAUUAUUGUCAUUAUUGAUCAUAUAGUUUUAUUUAGGAUCAUCGGUUCAAUGAAAAUGAAAUUUGGAUGAGAUGCCCAUAGAGAUAUAUGAUCUUUCACAUUUAUUCAAUUGAUAAUAGCAAUAAUAAUAAUUAUUAUUAUUAUUGUUACUACAACCUAAACUGCACUCUUUAUAUAUAUAUAUAUAUAUAUAUAUAUAUAUAUAUAUAUAUAUAUAUAUAU